AUGGCUGAAGCCGACAGGUUGAGGCAGCAAGGAAACGCUGAGGUGAAAAUUGGGCGCUUGAGGGAGGCAAUUGAGCUGUACACCCAGGCUCUGGAGAGCAUGGAGACCCAAACAGGUUGCCGAGAACAUGCGAUCAUCCUGGGCAACCGGUGUCAGUGCUACAUGCGUCUCGGUAGGUACCGGGAUGCCAGCGUCGAUGCAGAACGCGCCGUGGAAGUGGAUCCCAGCUAUGCCAAGGGCCUGUACCGCUUGGCUGUGUGCCAGAAAGAGCUGUGUGACCUGGCGGGCGCUUGGGAAAGUGCCACACGU